CUUGUCAACAAUCACAUCUUGACACACACAACAUUUACAGAACUCGUCCAUGGCAGCAAACGAGUCAUCGCAUCUUCCAGAGAGGAAGAAAACUCAUCCAGACACAGAUCUUAAGAAGUUAAAAUCUCAAUACGGCCCUAAACUCUCAACUUUGAGGGAAUUGUUCGCAGACUGGUCAGACGAAGAUCUGAUUUUUGCUUUACAAGAGGCCGAUGGCGAUCUAGAGUUAACCGUUGAACGUAUUAGCGAAGGUUGGGUUAAUCAGUGGGGUGAAGUCAAAACAAAGAAAGCCAAAAAGGAAUCUCAACAGAAAGCAAAGACAGAGGCAGCUGCUGCUGCAACUCAACAGCAACAUCAGCAAUCACCUUCAUUCUACUCUAGUCAACAGCGUUCAGAAAAGUCAGACCGCCCACCAAAGGCAUCAGAGCGAGGUUCUCGUGGCCGAGAUGCUUCUACGCGUGGACGGCCAUCAAAUAUAGGCAAUCGAGGAGCUCCCACUUCAAAUAGAUCAACUGUUCCAAGCCGUAAAUUUGAAUCAUCAUCCACAGACGCAUCAGGCUCAUGGGCAUCCAUAGCCUCUUCACAAAAGCCAGAAUCCCAAGCUGCUAGUUCCGGCUGGGACGCACCUGUGGCAACGCCUUCAAACGACAUAUCUUGGUCUGAUUCCCCCGCACCUACUACCACUGCACCUCAACAACCAUCCACAAUCGCACCAUCAAACAGCGAGUCAACCACGACUACUACCGCCUCCAAACCAAGCAGCUGGGCAAGCUUAUUAAAAUCACAGCCUAAGCCAGAACCAACAAAGCAAGAAGCUAAGCAGCCUGAGGCAGCACCUGUACAGACAUCUGAGUGGGACAAGCCAACCACUUCUGACUGGGAUAAACCGGCAACUUCUGAGAAGCCUGCCGCUUCAGAGUGGGACCUUCCAGCUCAAUCCCAUGACCUCGCCACAGAAGAAUCUACCAUGGUUCCCACCGUCCCAGAGCCUACUACCGUCGAAUCAGCCGUUCCCGAACCUGUAUCUGCUUCGGAUGCCACCAAGCCUACAGAACUCACAGGUGUUAAAUCCAAGACCCCAAUUGGUCGUCGUUUGAAGCAAGACGCUCCCGUUGUUAUGCCCGGUGGUGGUGCUAGUCUUGGUACAAUGGGUGUGAAGUUCGGUAGCUUGAACUUGAACGAUGAAGAUGUUAAUGAAACUGAGGAGCCCGCUCCCUCAGCCCUUCAACAAGAAGAGGAAAGACACGCCAUCAAGGAGCCUCUUGGUACUGAAUCAGCUUAUGUCAACAAGUUUGCCAACACCACUGCAUCCAACUUGACUGGCGUCCAACCAUCUUUGUCUCAAGAAACCUCACAAGCAUUGAAGCAGGAACAAGCCCCUGCUCAACAACAUAUGCAACAUCAACAACAACAACAACAACAACAACAACAUUUCGGCAUGGAUCACCUCAACUCUCCUUAUGGUUCGUAUCUGCACAACCAACUUCCUGGCGGUUUCUCUGGUUUUGGAAUGAACCCUAUGGGUUCUAUCCCCGAUUAUGGUGUGUAUGGCAAUGAUGCUCAACGCGCUGCUGCUAUGGGCAUGUAUGACCCAUCAGCCUAUGGCCAUUCUCCCUCUGUCACUGCUGCAAAUGCCUACCAAGGUCGCGACAAACUUGCCCAAGACGGACCCCAAAGUGCUAAUGCCACCUCUGCCGCCGGUCAAACCCAAACCGACACUUUGCACUCCCAGCAAACUCAACAACAUCAACAACCAGGUUAUCCUAACAUGCCUUACUAUCCUUACUACUAUAUGCCUAACCAAUUCAAUGCUCAUUAUGGCUCUGGAUUCGGUCAACCAUUUGUCAACAAGAAUAUGUACCCUAUGUACUCUGGCAAGCCCAAUGCUCCUAGCUCACCUUAUGCUGCUGGCGGUUCACCUUAUGCAUCCCAACAGCACCUCUACGGUCUCCCUGGAGCCAACUCUCCUUAUGAUGAUAUGAGCGCUGGUGCUCAGCAACAAGCUCCUGGCCUUGGCGGUAAUGGCAUUUUUGACUAUCAAAAGCAAGUCUAUGGUAACCCACAGCUCCAAGAUUUCCUUGGUGCACAGGGUCAAACGCAAGCCACACCAAGACAAGCCGGUCAAGCCGGUCAAACUAGCCAGACCUCCAAGGCUGACUUGAGAGGACAAGCUCAAGGUCAACAGCAACAGACACCACAGCAACAACAGUAUCCUCAACAAGGUUACUACCAGCAACAAGCUUUCUCAUCCUAUGGUCAAUACACACAGGGUCAGCAACACAGUGGAACUCAACAGCAACCACAACCACAGCAGCAGCAACAGCAGCAGCAACAACCUUAUCAACCUCGUUCUCAAUACUGGAAUCAGUAAGUCGAACCAGGGUUUGCUUUGAGAGAGUACGCAGCGUACUGUUCCCUUUUUUCCUACUUUGUGUGUCUAUGUAUGUUACCAUUGUUUCUCUCUGCAUGGGUUUUUGGCACUACUACCUUUUUUCUUCUGUGUGUUCAUAGUCAUUGAGACAAACUAGAGAAGCCUCCCAUUCUCUAAUUUCCCCCCCCCCCCUUUUCCUAACUUACAAUGCUGUUUCUUGUACCUUUUUUCUCAUUCUUGUGAAUAAAAACAUCUCCCCUCCCCUUACUGGCCCCAAGAAAGGGAAUUUAAAA